ACGAAAUCCUACCACAACAAAGAGGAAUUUCAGGCCUAUUGACUUCAGGUUUCAUCAGUGUUUGCUUUUAUAAACUCUGUAUCCUUUUACAAGAUGGAAACACUAAUUUGAGCGCAGGCGGCGAGGCAGUGUGUGUAUGAACACAAAAAGAUGAAGCCAAGAACCGAACAUUUGUGACAAUGACAUAUCGUUUUGCAAAUGGACGGGAUUCCUGCUCUAAGAUCGCCAUUAUGGAUCAGACUCAUGGCCAUUGGAAACAGCCUCGUUGGGAAAACGACGUUUCUACACAACUACUUAAUGAAGGACUUCAGCUUGUUUCAACCGACGCUUGGUGUCGAUUUCAAAGAGGUCCGAAAGCACCAUCGUCCUCUGAAUCCGGAUGGCUCUCGAUCGUCCAAGGCACAGCGGGUUCAUCUCCAACUCUGGGAUACCGCCGGACAAGAAAGGUUUAGAAGUCUUACAGCCGCUUUCUUCCGGGAUGCAAUGGGGUUUUUGCUGAUGUUUGAUCUUACAAACGAGGAGUCUUUUGUUAAUGUGAGAAGCUGGCUCUCACAGUUGCAAACACACGCUUAUAGUGAAGAUCCUAUGAUCGUGUUAAUCGGAAACAAGGCAGACCUCGUGGAUCAACGGCGGGUUGACGAGGAAGAUGCGCGGGCUCUCGCAGAUAGCUUAGGACUUAAAUACUUUGAAACAAGUGCAGCCACUGGCACAAAUGUUGAGUUUGCUAUUGACUCGCUCCUGGAUUUGGUUAUGGAACAAAUGGAAAGAUGCGUUGAUAAGUCUACAUUACCCCCUGGAUUUAUAAAUGGUACAGAACGAGGCCAUCGUUUAAGGGAGGUUGAUGAAGCCGAUGAAGAGAGAAAGAAUUCUUGUAGUUGCUAGGCAAUGUUAAAAAAACAGGUAUUCCAAUAUGAAAAGAUAAUUUAUGUGAAGUCCUAUCACCUAGCUGUGACGUCACUUCCGUCUGGCGCUACAUUUUUCAAUUUCUUUAAAAACGAUAGAAAAGUCUCGCAUGAACAGUAAAGUAGAAGAAACUUUGUUUUGUGAUGAUUUUUCUGUUUCGUGGACAAUAUCAGACUGGCCAGCUAGAAAUAUUUUGUUAGAUAAAGCAGUUAGUUCCUUCAUGAAUCUUUAGUUUUUAGGAUUUUCUCUUUAUAUACACACAGUAAACCGAGUUUUCGAACUUGAUGUCACGUCUAGCAUGUGUUUCUGUUCCCGUUAUUACAAAACCCAGCAUUAGGCCCGUAACUGUCGAGUCAAAUUUGCUUCCAGGCCAGGAAAUCAUUUCUGCUAUAGACAAAACUCGAACGUCCUUUUUUCUCCUCAGAUGUGCAAUAAUAAAUACCAGAAAUGUUGCGCUUGAAAUCUUCACCGUUCGAAAAAAAACGCCACCUUAUCCUAACAACGCCACCUUAUACAAAUUCGCCACCUUCAUCUAAAUCGCCACUUUCAUCUAAAUUGCCACCUUCAUCUAAAUUGCCACCUUCAUCUAAUUCACCGCCUUCAUCUUAUUCUCCACCUUCAUCUUAUUUCAUCUAUCUGUAAUUUCAACCACCUUACACACUAGUGUAAAUGGUUGAAAACUUGGCAAAUAUCUCUCUUUGCCAUUAAAGCCUUGAUUAUGACUAUUAAAAUCCACCUUAACUGAUUGGUGCUUCCUUAAUUUGAAAGACACCACUUAACUUUUAAGAAAACCUAACAUACUACUUCAUUUUUCCGUACGGCAGUUUAUGGAAGGCAAUUCUACAAAUACUGAAUGUCCCUCCAUACCAGAUCUCCAUCACAACCACCUUAUCUAGUAGUAGUCACCUUAUCAACUAGGAUUCACCUUUAGUUAGAGUUAACACCUUAUCUGAUAGAAACAUUUUCAGUACUAAGGUGCUCUGGUCUUAAGGUCCCUGCAAAUUCCCUUUUCCUGGGUUACAGCUUGGUUAAAGAACGAUAGAAAAGUUCAAUGGUCCACCGAGCCGAAUAUCGCUAUCAGUGUAGCAUGUAUAUUUAUACUUACUGUAGUUUGUGAAAUGCUAAUCGCUGUUGAGAUGACGUCAUUUCAGUAAUAAAUACAGUCUAUUUAUACCAUAAUGAAAGGCCAAUUUAGGGAGACAGA